AUGUUCGAUUCUCCGGAUGAUACAGACGUCUUGCAUGAGGAGCCAGACCGUCAUGACUUGAAGCCACGUCGCGUAGCGAGUGACAAUUUCGGCGACCCUGGUAUGUUCAUGAAGAGCGGUCGUGCAGAGUCCGUACCAGUUGUACUGGCUGAUGCUCUCUCCGCCAAGCUGCUUACUGAUUGCCUUGCAAACCUCGCAAUUGACGCGCAUGAUGUGGCUUUGUGUUUCUGGCAGUGCUGUACGCUGAUCGGGACGGUCUCAACGGCGUGCUACGCUUCAGGACAAUAG